GUAUGUGGGUGGGAAAACCACACUGCAUGACCGACCUUUUUAACUACUGAUGCUCAGCAACAACCUUCACAAGUCCUACUUUCUUGUCACUCACACCUUCACAUACUCGUCUCUGCAAACAUGAGUGCUAACUUCGGCCACUCGUCCCAACCAGUGUUCAUGGUGGAUUCUGCUGGAAAUCACCCAAAACAGCAUCGCUACUACCACCAGCAGGUGCCCAGGCACCCAGAGCCACCGCUGGUCCCCUGUUGGACGUUUCCCCCAGCUCGAGCUGAGAUGAAGAAGAAAGGCUGGGGAGGAAUGAAUGCCGGGAUAGCUUGGGUAGUGACGCUGACACUCCUGCUGGUUUUUGCAGCUUUGGGUCUGGGAGCCUAUCAGAUCCUGAGAUUACAGACUAAACUGGAACAGCUGACACAGGAAUUGCCCACUAUAAUGCAGAGCAAUGCCCCACAGAAACAAGUCGGUCUGAAUCCUGCCGAGCUGAAGAAGAACAAGCACAAAUCAGCUGCACAUUUGAUAGGUUAUGCCGGACAAAGUAAAUCAUCUGGGCAUCUGAAGUGGAUAUCCAAGCAUGGUGAUGCGUUCACAGAUGGUGUAAGAUACAUUGACGGUGGCCUUCAGGUCAAUGAGACUGGUUUGUACUUCGUUUACUCCCGCGUGGAGUUUCUUUCGCAUACUUGCAAGUCCUUUGACAGUCUUGCUCACAAAAUGAGUCUACAAAGAAAUGGGAACAAUCGGAUAAUCAUGGAGGAUAACAUCGAGGGCUUCUGUAUGACCUCAAAUAACCACCCGUGGAUGACGGGCAGUCAACUCGGUUCUCUUCAGCAGCUCAGAGAGUUAGAUUGGCUGUUCGUCAAUGUCUCGCGCCCUCAUCUGCUCAGCAAAAAUUAUCAUAGCAAUUAUUUUGGCCUCUUCAAGAUCCACUGAUCAUGGCGAUUAUUAACCAUGAAGUCCUCAGUCAGUCAUAUCUGAUUUUGAACGUCGCAUGAAUUGGUCGCAAACGGCCCGAGAAGUUCUUCAGGAAAUCUAUUGAGAAAAGUGUGAGGUCCAGACUGAGUGAACACUACGAUGCUUCUGUAUCAGGAGAAAGUAUAUUAAAUGCCAAUAUUUA